GGCCGAAGAGAGAUGACGAGCCCGCGGUGGAUAAGCCUGUGAGGGAGGCGAUCGGAUGCCUGAUGUGGACGAAGCUGACGAGGCCAGACAUCGCCCUGCCUCUGAACAAGCUCCAGAAGAUCGCCCACUCACCCACCGGGAGGAUAUGGAACGCGCUUAAGCGGAUCAUGCCCUACCUGAACUUCACGAAGGACUUCGGCAUCACCUACGUACGGGGGUCAGGACUAGACCUAAGUGUGUUUGUCAAUGCCAGCUACGCUGACAACGAAGUAGACAGGCGUUCUACGACCGGGCUAGCUGGCGUGAAGGAGGCGUUGUUUGUGCGUGGCGUUCUGUCGUUCAUAGCGCCCGAGACGAGUGGGGCGAAGAUCAAGGUCCUUGAGGACAACAACGGGGCUCUCGCCUUAAUAAUCGAGAACCCGUUCAGCUCAGCGAGGAGCAAGCACAUCGACGUGCGGUUCCAUUUCAUUCGCGAGCUAUUCAAGUCGGGCAAGAUCACUGCAGAGUAUGUUCCGACUGGAGAGCAGCACGCCGACAUGCUGACCAAGGUCCUUGGCAGAAAGAAGUUAGAUUACCACCGGAAGGCUCUGAUGAACCUACCGGUGUAG